ACAGAGUUGAUUCUAGAACUAAAUUGCUCUGUAGGCUGUAGCUCUUAUAAUUCCUCCCAUAGUAGGGUAUACACACCCUAUCACCCACUCCCUAACCCAUUCUGAAAGGGCAUCGCGUAGUUCUUGCUGAAACUGGAAUUCGGCCGUUAAAACAAAAUCCUUGGUUCUCUGUAACACCGGCAACAAAAACCCAGAUAUAAAUAGUUUGUUCUUCUCCUUUUCGUACUCAGACGCAUUCCCUCAAAGCGAAAAAGAAUAUGCAGACUGCUAAAUUAUUAAACUUUACUCCAACAUUUCUUCCUAGUAGUAUAAUUAAGAAACCCCAAACUUACUGCACCAACUACACCAACAACAAGCCCUUCCAAAUUACUAAUUUUCCUAAGAUAUGCAUCACCAACGACAAGAGCUUCCAAAUCUCAUCCUGUAUGAAGGAUGCAGGUUCGAAUUCGGGUUUGAAGGCAUCACCUGUAUUGAAGGAUGUAUCAAACUCUAUAUUAACAAUUGAGAAGAAGUUGCAGUUGUAUGUUUCUUCUGCUUUUGAGGCAAUUUUCUCAGCUGUUAAAGAGAAAAGUUCAUUGGCGUUGGCAAAAUCAUUCGAAAUAGAGAAUGAUCUAAUAAAGUUUGAGCACAAUGGGAGGGAGAUUGUUGGAGUUGUUCGUGAUGUGAUUCAUCAUGUGGGGGAUUUAAUGGAAACUACUCUACAAUGUGAACAUGGUUUAGAGAAAUUUAAAAUCAGUAUAUUUGACGUCGUCAAUCUCACCUACGGCUAUUAUGAGGGGAAAGAGAGAAUGUGGGGGAUUCAUACCACAGUAGAGUGCAAAGAUGGUGAUGUGGAGAAGAUGGUGGAGGAGAUAAAAGAUAUCCUAAAUGCUCACGAUGAUGUGAAAUGCAAUUCUAAGUUGGUUACGAUGGAUUCACUUUGUCCUAAGAAUAAUAAGAUUAUAGUGAUGAGUUUUGUUACAUGCUCCAAAUUGAGGAGUCCUCCCUAUGUGCACUACAUGGAAGUAAGGAGAAAAGUGCUCUCAGAGAUGGAUGAAAUCCAAAGGAAACAUGGAAGUAAGGAGGAAAGUGUUGUUGGAAAUUGA